UCAAAGACCUUCCUUCAUAACUAGACUAGAAAUUCUUACCUAUGAUUGAAUCCUUCUUGUGCAGUGGCGUGGGUUUUAGGUUAGGUUAUUGGUUAAAUGCUAAAUUAGGUUAUGUUUAAGUUCACCACCAUUACAAUCAGUUUACAAAGCUGUUUUAUUUAAAAUGGGAAAAAAUCAUCGUCACAAAAAGAAUCUAAAGGCCGAUAAAGGUAAAGUUAAACUGAAACAAAGUAAAACCAAGUUUUUGCCGAAAGGUUUGAACGAAACUAAGGCCACUUUUAAGAUAAAACCUAUAGUACUUGCUGAACAACUGAGGGAAAGAAGCAGUGAUUUACUUUUGAGUAGGAGAAAACUUAAUAUUAAGGAUUUAUGUAGUAGAAUAAAACAUUUUAACUACAACGUAAGAUGUGCUGCCUGCGAAGAACUAACAGAUAUGUACAAACAAUUUUAUGAAGAUAUUAUUCGAGAACAUUUAUGUGAAGUAAUUGAAAAUGUUAGUAACUUAAUGCAAGAUAUGGAAAGAAAAGUAAGAACAGCAGCAGUUAAAGCAAUCAACGUUAUAUUAGAAUUAACACCUAGUGAAAAACUGGAACCUUUUUUUGAAUACUUCUCUGUAAAUAUGCGUUGUGCAAUGACUAAUAUUGAUCAAAGUAUUCAGGAGGAUUCAUUAAAAUUCCUAGAUUGUUUUUUGGUCAAAGAUUGUGGACUCAUAUCAAAAACUUCAAAUAAAUUUUUGCCAGAUUUCUUCACACUAAUUUCAAGGUUGAGAACCGAUAAUACUUUAGGGAGAACUUUAACUCUCAAUUUAGGAAGCAAAAUGACAAGUGUUACCUGGAGAAUUAAAGUAUUGAGUAGGUUAAAUGCAGUGUUGGAUUUGAUACUAAAAAAAAAUGAACAAAAAGAUGAAGGGAUAAUUGAUUGCAGUGCUGAUAGCUCUAAUACAUUUCCAAUUUAUAAAGACAGUUUUUUCAAGGUCCUAGAUAAUCCCAAUUUGGAUGGUAUUGAAAAUAAUGUUGCCUCGGAAAAUGUUUUUGAUACUCAUCUCUCAACUUUAUUACCAGUUUUUUAUGACAUAUGGAUGGAAGUUGUUCCUGAUAAGAAAGUUAAUAGGUUACAGUAUGAAAACACUUAUUUAAAUGAUGAAGCAUCAGCUAUUUUGUGGAGUGUUAUAAACACUAUGUAUUUGUUAUGGAAAUAUAUAGAAACUACUAAAAGUGCUGAUUCUGAUUUGAAAAAUAUAUUCGUCUCUGCAGACGCCACGAAAUUUUUAAACCAUUUAUUGGCGAAUUUCCCAUAUUGCCAAAGCGACCGCAACUUAUUAACAAAGACAAAGAUGGAGCUUAAAUCGAAUACAUUAUUUUUAGGCGUCAGCGGCGAUCCGAAUUGCGUCAGGGAAAAUAUAAUGAUAUGCUACAUGUGCUUCGUGUUAAACGUCAAUUUUACGCGAAAUACUUCCAAGAAAGAAUUAGAGCGUGUGGCAGUUUAUGUUAACAAAUGUCUUCUGACACAGAAGUACGUAGAUCAAAGCAACGUUCAGUACGUUAUCGAAUUCAUUAAACUGAGUCUGUUGGAGAACUGCCAUGUUUGGAGGAAAUCUAAAGUAAACGCUCGCGAAUUAUUGGAAAACGUUUUAGUUUUCUACAAUAACGCUGCGAUCGGCGAAAAAAACAAGAUGAGACUGUUCAAGAUUUUCGCCGGUCUUCUGGAUAAUGCCUUUUUGUCAAAUUCAUCCCAGUACCAUGUGUGGCUGUCAUCGUUACCAGAACUGUUAUGUAAACCACAAAUUAGCGAUUUAACUGUUGAAACUUUACUGGAGUUGGCAAGAAAGAAUUGUGUUCCAUUUCUUAAUGCUGUAAAAUCAAAUCUGUCAAAAAUUUUGUGUAAUUUAAAUUCGCUCAAAAUAAUUCUGACAAAGAAGAGUUACAAAGAUGAGAGUAUUGUUAAAAGAGAAAUAGCUUUUAUAUUUUUCUACUUGAAAGGACUGACUGGUGUCGAGAUAAAUACAUUAAUGUCUUUUUUGAUUAAUUACAUUUCAAAACAGGACUGUUUUAUACUGGAAGAGCACCUGCUCAGUUACCAUACGAAUUGUUUAAUGAUGGUAUAAAAUUGAAGUCUGUCUAGUUGUGGAUUGUUUUAUUUACAAUUUGAAGCUAAAAAUGAUGUCGAUUAAUAAUUUGUUAUUUUUAUCUUUAUACAAUUUAUUUUAUUUAAACGAUUAAGUAAGAAUAAAUUAUUCUUUUACCCAUCAA